CUCCCUCUCGCUAUCUCGUCUGUUUCCAAACCGACACUUUGACAGGGCGUUAAAUGAGCUUUUCCUUUGUUCUUCGUGUGUUUAACAAUGAAACAACAACCUUAAAUGUGAUUGUUUGUAAAGAACAGAUGUCGACGCUGUUGUAUGCGGGAUUUUAAUUCACCUGGAUGAAUAAUAGCAGAGCUGCGGAGCAUCAUCUGACCUGAGUUGACACUACUGAUAUCUAUCAAAUCAGAGGUCAUUUUGUCUUUGAAAAUGAAGACGGACAUCACUUACAAUCAGCUGGUGGACGUGGAGAGGAGGAGACAAGAAUCCCACAGGAAAGCACAGGUGUAUUCCAGAUGUGUGAUAGCUCUGGCCACUGUCGCCACUGUGCUACUGGCCACCAUGGCCCUCUAUAACCUCCUGACACAAAGGGUUUCCUCCUCCCAUCCUGCCCCAAGCAGCAGCCUCCAUCUGCCCCAGGCCGAGUCCUGCUCAGACCGCUGCAAAAUCGUUCUGGUGGAGAGCAUCCCAGAAGGACUGGAGUUUAAUUCCAGCACCGUUCACCCCUCCAUCUUCCAGGCCUGGCUCAAUCUGAUGGGCGAGGCUCGCAGCAGUGUCGACAUCGCCUCCUUCUAUUGGACGCUCACUAACGAAGACACUGGCACUCAUGAGCCGACAGCCUAUCAGGGUGAGACCAUUCUGAACACACUAGCUGAACUUUCGGGGAAGGUGUCUGUUCGUAUCGCAGUGAACACACCACAGGAGAGUCAACCACGAGAAGACCUCAGACGGCUCAAUGACUCAGGAGCUAAUAUCAGGACAGUUAACAUGAGAGAGCUCACCUCAGGCGUCCUCCACACAAAGUUCUGGGUUGUGGACAAGAAACACAUUUACAUUGGUAGUGCCAACAUGGACUGGAGGUCCCUCACACAGGUGAAGGAGCUGGGUGCAGUGGUCUACAACUGCAGCUGCUUGGCUGCAGACUUGGGUAAGAUCUUUGAAGCCUAUUGGUUCCUGGGGGAGAGUCAGUCAAUCCCAUCACCUUGGCCCACCAGCUUUUCCACCCUCUACAACAAGGACACACCCCUCCAGCUUCCACUCAACAACACGCCGUCCAACGUCUACCUGUCGAGUUCCCCUCCGUCUUUCUGUGCAGCCGGCAGGACUCCAGACCUUCAAUCCAUCCUCAGUGUGAUGGAGGAUGCCCAGAGCUUCAUCUACAUCGCUGUCAUGAACUACCUACCCACCAUGGAAUUCUCACAUCCUAAAAGGUACUGGGCAGACAUCGACACCCAGCUGAGGCGAGUCGGGUACGAGAAGCGGGUCAAAGUGCGCCUGCUGAUCAGCUGCUGGGCAAGCACCCAGCCGGUUAUGUUUCCCUUCUUGAAGUCUCUGGCCUCAGUUUAUGACCCCAAGAGCAAACUGGACAUUCAGGUGAGGCUGUUUGUGGUGCCUGCCAGCCCCAAACAGAAGGACAUUCCCUUUGCCAGAGUCAACCACAACAAAUACAUGGUGACUGACAAGAUAGCCUACAUAGGUACAUCCAACUGGUCAGGUGACUACUUCGUAAGCACAGCCGGCUCAGCAUUGGUUAUCAACCAGACUGCAUCACAGUCACCGGAGCAAACUGUCCAAUCACAGCUGAAGGCUGUGUUUGAGAGGGACUGGGACUCUGCCUACAGCACUCCUCUUACCCAGCACUCAAAUCUCAAAGACUUUUGUUAGUUUCACCAGCCAAUAUUAGAAAUACCAUCUCAGUAUGGACACAUAUUACAGUGCUAUAGUUGCACUUUUAGAAUUUAAACUUUCAGGCAUUUUGCACAAGCCAGCUAUCACAGUGAACACGGAAACUCUUGAGCUGAAAAAUCAGCCACAGACGACCCCUCAGCAGAGCAGAGUUUCCCUGUUUGCUAAGGUCCAAAGGUACUUGAUCUCCAGUGAACCUGGAGUAUCACAGCUUUAGUGCCAAACUCCUAUUUGACCGGAGUAAUGUGCCAUGACAUCAGUAAAUGGCCCAGUUCUGUCAGUCUUAACACUUUCAAGAGUUGUGCAAGAGUGCCUCUGUUAUUUUAAGGCAAGAAGUACUUUGAAUCUCUUUGCUGAGUCUAUCAAGGCUGGUCUGGGAUUCAAACUACACAUGUGGACAAUAAGCCAGAUCCAAUUUGAGUUACCUCGCAUCGUACCAGAAUGUACUGUGACAUAUGGUCAACAUUGACAAACCAUGAACAGGAAGUUCAAAUCUCCAACAGACUUGGAGAUUCAAACUAGAAUUAAUCAUGGUUUCCGUCAUGUAGCAGAAGGGGGCAUGUCUAUUUCAGGAUGAGGCACAAUUAUGUUUUCAGCUGGCUCCCAUAGUCACCAGGAUCUAUUCAUUGAUCACUCUCUAGUUUUAAAGAUCAGUCACAAUGCAUUAACUUUUUUAAACAACAGUCUCAGUGGGAGUUUUUUUAAUCCCAGCUCACCUCAGGGAGUAAAGUCUUUUCUAAAUUGAUUGUUCUGUUUGCUGCAAUAAUUAACAUCCAGUUGGUGUGCUGUGUUUGUACUGUAAAUAAGAUGCAGGCUUUUUAAAUUCUACUCUCAGUCCUCAGGAUUGUUUUUAAAAUAAAUUAAUUUUGAGACAGCAGUGUAUACAAUAGAUUGAAAGUUAUCAGCAGCAGUAGUUAAGGGUGAACUAAUUUAAUUUCCACUGUGUGGAGUGAUUGAAACUACCAGUUAAUGAAGAGGUGGUUGUUAUGGCAACUGUCCAAAGAGAUGUGUUUACUUGUAGCAGCAUGCUUAUAAGAAAGCUCAGGGGCAGUUAUUGUAUACACAUCCUUAUCUUCCUCCUCUUUAUAAAGAAAUUACUCUCAAUAAAUGUAUUUGAAUCAA